GCUGUGGAGCGAUAUCUUGUCUUCAGUCACGUCUUCUCACUGAAGUUCACUCUUUCGUAUCCCAAGCACGAGCGGCAAACCUUACUCGUGUGCUCUCCGAUAGCUCGUGGUAACAGACCCUUGAGUGAAUCACCGUUCAUCACUGGGCUGAUAUGGACUCUUCCUAUGGUGUGAAGCCAUCGGACUUGAAAGAUGUGACAGGACCAACCUGGAGGAAGUCUAUGUGGCUCGUCAUGUCCGGUUCGUCUGGAUCACGGAGGGCAAACCUUGGGACGGAAAGCAUGGCUGGGAUCACAGAAGCUGACCUCGGGAUCUAAAGCUUGGCGAAGAUCUAUGAGCGGGGACGUACCAAAAGAAAAGCGAACAAUGUGAUCACAUUACUGAGUGUGACGAGAGCAAUUAGAAAUCGGGCCAUUUUCA